CGGGCCGGGCCAUUCGGGCAGCGGCUGCUCGGGCAGGUCCGGGCAGGGCCGGGCGGGAAGCAGGCAGCCGAUCCGGGACCCCGCUCCGGAGCCGGAGCGAGGACUCCGAGGCCGCGGCCCCGCCUCCUCCCCGCCCCGCGCCCGCCGAUAGCGGGUCGCGCCCCGAGCUCCAAGCCGCGCCGGCUGGGCCGCGCCGGAAUCACAGCCGCAGCCGUAGCUGGAAACCGGCCCGAGCCGGGUCCAAGGGUGAAGCCUGGUCCCGGCGGCGCCCGGAGCCGGGCCCGAGCCCCGCGCGGCUCAUGGCGGGGCCGCGGGUCGCGCUGCUGGCUUGGUGCCGCCGCCAGUGCGAGGGCUACCGCGGCGUGGACAUCCGCGACCUGAGCAGCUCCUUCCGGGACGGCCUGGCUUUCUGCGCCAUCCUGCACCGGCACCGGCCCGACCUGCUAGAGUUUGAUUCACUUUCCAAGGACAAUGUCUUCGAGAAUAACCGUUUGGCCUUUGAAGUGGCUGAGAAGGAGCUGGGAAUCCCUGCUCUCCUGGACCCCAGUGACAUGGUCUCCAUGAGUGUCCCUGACUGCCUCAGCAUCAUGACCUACGUGUCCCAAUAUUACAACCACUUCGCCAGCCCUGGCCAAGCCGGGGUCUCAUCACCCAGAAAGGGCCUGGCAGCAUCCUCCCCGCCAUCCAAAGCACCCACUCCCGCGGAACCAGGAGACAGGGCUCAGGGAAGCUGCAUGAACCCCCCAUCCCCAAGCCCAGAGGGACACCCAAGCUGUCAGAGAGGACACCAGCCCCCAGGAAAGACCCCCCAUGGAUCACACUGGUGCAGGCAGAGCCGAAGAAGAAGCCAGCCCCCCUGCCCCCGAGCAGCAGCCCCGGGCCGCCGCCCCCGGGCCGGGACAGCAGGCAGGUGGAGAACGGAGGUGUGCAUGAGGUGGCUGGCCCGGAGCCCAAGCCCUACAACCCCUUCGAGGAGGAGCAGGAAGAGCCCCCAGCUGCACCCCGUGCAGCCACCGGCCCUGCCCCGACUCACCCGGAGUCCACACUCAAGUCCCUGCACCCCUGGUACGGCAUCACCCCCACGAGCAGCCCCAGGACAAAGAAGCGCCCCGCCCCCCGAGCACCCAGUGCAUCCCCCCUUGCUCUCCACACCUCCCGCCUGUCACACUCGGAGCCACCCUCAGCCACCCCGUCGCCAGCCCUCAGCGUGGAAAGCCUGUCAUCUGAGAGCUCCAGCCAGCCCCCAAGUGGGGAGCUUCUGGAGCCACCAGUUGUGCCCAAGAGCUCCUCAGAGCCUGCUGUCCAUGCGCCGGGCAGCCCUGGGACCUCGGCCAGCCUCUCUGCCAACUCCUCCCUGUCCUCCUCUGGGGAGCUGGUGCAGCCCAGUGUGGACCGGACACCUCAAGCCAGCCCUGGCCUUGCCGCCAAUACUAGGGGCAGCCCAGGUCCCCCUCCAGCCAAGCCCUGCAGUGGCGCUGCUCCCACCCCUCUCAUGCUGGUUGGAGACAAGAGCCCUGCGCCUUCCCCUGGAACCUCGUCCCCACAGCUCCAGGUAAAGUCUUCCUGCAAGGAGAAUCCUUUUAACCGGAAGGCAUCACCCACAGCGUCCCCAACCGUAAAGAAGGCCACCAAGGGCUUCAAGCCCGCGAGACCGCCUGCCCCAGGACACGGCUUUCCGCUCAUCAAACGCAAGGUUCAGGCUGACCAGUACAUCCCCGAGGAGGACAUCCAUGGGGAGAUGGACACCAUCGAGCGUCAGCUGGAUACCCUGGAACACCGUGGGGUCCUGCUGGAGGAGAAGCUGCGUGGUGGAGCGGACGAGCGCCGUGAGGAUGACAUGCUGGUGGACUGGUUCAAGCUCAUCCACGAGAAGCAUCUGCUGGUUCGGCGGGAGUCCGAGCUCAUCUAUGUCUUCAAGCAGCAGAACCUGGAGCAACGCCAGGCCGACGUGGAGUAUGAGCUCAGGUGCCUUCUCAACAAGCCAGAAAAGGACUGGACAGAAGAGGACCGGGUCCGAGAGAAGGUGCUGAUGCAGGAGCUUGUGACCCUCAUCGAGCAGCGCAACGCCAUCGUCAACUGCCUAGAUGAGGACCGGCAGAGGGAGGAAGAGGAAGAUAAGAUGUUGGAAGCCAUGAUCAGGAAGAAAGAGUUCCAGAAGGAGGCUGAACCCGAGGGCAAGAAGAAGGGGAAGUUCAAGACCAUGAAGGUGCUGAAGCUGCUAGGAAACAAGCGUGAUACCAAGAGCAAGUCCCCGGGAGACAAGAGCUAACAGUGCGGGCUGCCAGCUGGGGACUCCACCACUCCUGGCUCGGCCCCCGGGCUGUGCUCUGCCAGGGACGCCCAGCUUCCCUUCAGGAUCAGUCGAGGGGAAAGAUGACUUAAGGGGAGGGAGCCUCUGGGUGAUGGCCUCUCCCUCCUCAGGGUCCUGUGGCUCGUCUGGGCCAAAGAGUUUUCUUCCCUCUCCUCUGAGCCACCGGCAGCUGCGCCUCAGCCCUGCCCAGCCUGGCUGUGAUGACCCCAGAUGCUGUGACUGACCCAGGGAGCGAGCCGGCUCCUGGGUCCGGGGAGCGGCCGCAGCCGAGCACACCCGCCCCUCGUCCCACCCAGCAUCUGGCCUGCCGUGCCAGGCAGCUUCUUGGUCCCUCUUCUCUUCUAUGCCACGUGCAGAGGGGAGCCUUACCUGUCAGAGUCUCUGGGUCUUUCUGCCCACGAGGUGGGCCCGGGGUGGACCUCUGGCCUGGGUCUCCCGCCCCGGCCCUGGUUCUGAGUCUCUGUCUUCCUUUCGGUGCAGGUGGCCCUGACUCUCUUUCUCCUCACUCAGGACCUCUAUUUAUGAAGUCUUUUAAUUAAGUUCGAGGUAGUUACUGUGUCCUCAGACACGAAUGGGCCUGGACAGAUCCCUCCCUGUGUUGCUCAGAGUUCUAGGAGCUUCCCUCGUCUCCCCUCAUUCUGUAGGAGGUCUCUCUGUCCAGGACACCGUGCCGGGGUGGGUGGGAGCCAAGUGCUGAGCCCCCGCAGGGAGGGUCCCGGGGACACAGGGCCCAGCUGCGGUUCUGGCCCUGCCCCUCGGCCAGAUCAGCAGCAGGCGGGGCUGCUGCCGUAGGUGCUAACCCUGGUCCUUUACCAUACUGCGGCCCGCCCCCUCCUUUAGGCUCUCCCCGCCACCCCAGGGCUGGGGCGCAGUGGACCCACUCCGGGUGGUCAUCGCCAGCCUGUCUUCUCACACUCGUCUGUUGUCUGUUCUCUCCCGACUUGUUGCUGCCGAAGGACUCAUGGUCGCUCGGCCUCUGGGAUGGCUGUGGGAGCGGAGGAGCCGAUGGGGGCCACCACCUUCCCCCCACGGAGUGUGCCCAGCAGCUCUUGGUCAAAGCACUGUUGCUGUAAGCUAUUUCCGGGGUGCCUCUAGGGCCCCCUUCCCUCAGCACACCUAUGGGGAGAGGUUGCACUGUAUUAAUUUGAGAAGGUUUUCCUCCCCGACAAUAAAUGGAGACCACCUCAGUCGCCAGUGCCCUGCAGCCUUGAGGCGCCUUCCCCUCGCCAGGCCUGCCUUCUUCCCUGCCUCUGCCAGCCCUCGAGGCCGGCGUCUCUGCUUGCCCAGGAGGGCGUGGAGGGGCUGUCCACCGCUGGGGGCCCUGGCCCUCACUGCCUGCCCCCAGGGCAGGACCCCUUCCUCUGCAGGGACAGGUGGCUCCCGCGCCUGUGCAGCCCCCGGCCGCCUCCUUCCUGACAUGCCUGUUGACCUGCAGCUGGGGUCACCAACUCCAGCGGCAGGUGACGCACGUGAACCGGGCUGGGUGUGUCCUGAGGGACGGCCCCCGACACCCGGGUGGUGGGGACUGGGGUGAAUGGGGGUGGAUAUGCCGCAACUAGAGGGGAAGUUCUUCCUCAUUUAAGUCAACUGUAGCCUGUGGGAUGUGGGCCCGGUGGGGCCAGAUCUUUCCAUUUUUCAAGAGAAACUGGAAAUCCA